AUGAGGAUUUUUGUAGCCUUUGAGGGAUCUUUUGAACCGUUCGAUGUUUCAGCAGAUGAAAGCGUGGGCGCUGUCAAGCGGAUGAUAAAGGAAGAAGACCAGCCGACGCUCUACGUGCUCAAUGCCGUAACACAGGAGUUGCUGCCGAUCGUGGACAGCAUUUCUCUUCUGGACAACAAAGUGUCUGAGCUGAGGACACUGGUGUCCCUGAGGUGUGGCUUCCCGGUGGGUGUCUACUGCCUACGGACGCCUCAGGGCCAGGAGAUGUACGACUGCAACACCCUCGGGGACUACCGGAUAGAAACGGGCGGGACGCUUCGCUUGGACGUCUGGGACGGAUGGAAGGAAUUUCUGAGGGGUUGCCUCCUAGGCCAAAAGCUUCAAGUCCAGCGCUACUUAUCGGAAGAUGGACCAAUUCUCAAGUAUCAGAGAAGGGUGGCCUUGUACAUCGCGGCCUUUUACGGAUACGUGGAGCUCACCGAAUGGGCCCUGAAGCAGGGCGCGCGGCCCAAUGAGGCAGUGGGCGCCCAUCCCUGCCGAGCAUGGUGCCACAAAGCCCUGCACGCGGACGUCUCUAAAUGCCCCAUUCAUGCAGCCGCAGAGACGGGCCAGCUCUGGGUUCUGAAGGCCUUUGUCCACUGCAGCGUGCUGUGCCUGGAAUGCAGAGAUGCCGCGGGCCAGAGCCCCCUGACCCUCGCGCUCAGACACCGGCACCAGGACUGCGUGCUGUAUUUGCUGAACAAAAUGUGGUCCACCGUCUCCUUCCCGGAAAUUGCGGUCCCCAUGAGGAUUUACCUCCGAGUGAAGCAGUGGAUGCUCAGGGCGCACCGCCUCCGCCUUCAUAAAAGCCAGCUUCCCCGGGCCAGGAUCUCUGGGGCCAGAGUAGGUGACCCUGUGGCCGUGGAUGGUUUCGGCAAACCAAGCAUGACCUCCCAAAGCUGGUAUAAAUACCAGCACCAGGGGCCCCGCGGCACCCGGUGCCAGCUCCCCCCUCUCCAGGGAGGGUGGGCAGGCGGGAGAGCUGGGGCGACGACUCGGGCAAUUUCACUUCCGAACCCGAGGGAAGACACCCCCAGGUUUCCUCCACUGGCAGACGCCAGCAAGGCCUCUGGAGGUCAAAGGCAUGCAGAGGAAAAUCAGAAGAAAAACAGGGCGCGAGAAAAGUUGAUCAAACGUGCCUAUCUCCCCCAAGUGCCCCUGCCCCCCGUUUCCACAAUGGCAUCCGCAUACCCUCCGUGUUGCUCCGCGACCCCCAGCGCUGUGUUGCUACUGGGCUCGUCCUCCGCGGCCUUCGCGCGGCACAGCGGGAAGACCCCACGGGAGAAUGCCAUCUACUGCCUGGCCGUGGCAAGCGCCUUUAAGGAGAAGCCCUGGCUUCAGCAGUUGGGAAUAGCAAGAGUCCUGGCCAAGAAGAGCGUCGCUAACCUGACUACUCCAGCAGCCCCGACCGCGCGUGCGCACCCUCUGCACAGUGUGCUUUGAGAAGCCGGGACAACGCACCCUCUGCACAGUGUGCUUUGAGAAGCCGGGACAACGCACCCUCUGCACAGUGUGCUUUGAGAAGCCGUGACAAGGGUCUGGCCAAGCGCGAGAGCAAUCCACCAGCUCUAAGAAGAUUCCGGUGCGGCACGACCCAUGACCAGGCUGCUUCCUUUCUGACACCAUGUGCUCUGGGAUCCCAUCCACCUCUUACAGUAAAAAAAGUGGUCAAUUGUUUUGCUUAAA